AUGGUCUUGGUCCUGAAGUACUCGAGGUAUGACCCCUUGAGGAACAAUCUCCUUAAAAUUGCCGCCAAGUCGUUCUUACUAGGCGCCGUCACCACAGGCGCCGUGGUAAUGGAGUUUAGCCAACCCCAGUGUAUACCCGUGUGCAUCUACAUCCAAUGUCUUUGCUUGUUCCACCUGCUUGAGUUUGUAGCGACAUACGUGUUCAACAACACGCAGGUGGACGACGACUCGUUUAUCUUGGAGGAUAAAGAGUUCCACAUGAUUACGGCGUUGUCCUUGUUGGAACACUGGUUGACGCCGGAGUAUUUGAAGAUCCCUACAGUUGUCAGAUUGGUGGGACUCUUGCUGAUUGCCCUGGGCCAGAUUGCUAGGACGCUAAGCAUGUACACGGCACGCGAGUCCUUCAACCACUAUGUGCAGCAGUCGGGGAAAAAAUCCCAUACGCUUGUAACUACGGGGAUAUACAGCUACAUCAGGCAUCCAAGUUACUUUGGGUUUUUUGUGUGGUUUAUAGGCAUGGAGUUGUUGUUGAGAAACGUUGCUACCUUAGCCAUUGGCAGCGUUAUCCUCUGGAAGUUUUUCAAGGACAGGAUCAGAUAUGAGGAAAAGUUUCUCAUUAACAUGUUCCAGGACAGUUAUAUCAAGUACCGAGCAACAACACGGACAUGGAUGUUGAUAGAAUAA